AAACGGUAAAGCGAGAUUACGAGGCGCUUUAUUAUCAGGCGUCAGGGUUCAAGGCUUUAAGCUACUUCUUCCCUCUGCAUCUCUCUGCUCUAAUCUAAUCUAUUUCAUUCAUGGGAUAAUCUAUUUCUUCGAUAUACCUGAGCCGCGGAGCGUACCCUCUCAUUCAUGGAUCUUCUAAACCUCUCUGUUUCAACCACGCAGCUGUUUUUUGGUCAACUCUCAUUUGUUCCGCCUUUAUCGUCCUCGAUAAACCACUCUUCAAGACUCACCUCCUCAAAAUCUAAAAGAAUUCAUCUAUUGUCCCAAAAAUUAUCCGAUUCCCUCCUCCCCAAUCACUCGAGUUUCAGAGUUUCAGCUCACUUCAAUGGGCGUUCGAACCGCCGUAACUAUCUGAGGAGAAAGAUCGGCAAAGAGCAACACCAGGAGGUUAGUGGGAAUUCUGUAAUAUCUGCUCCCGUUUCUCAAAGUAUCCUAGAAAAUGAAAAUUUUGAUCGAAGUGGGAUAGCUCCUGAUUUUAAAUCCGGGAAUGCUAGAGAGCCCACCCAGCUGCCUAAUAUUAAGCUAACAAGGCCUCUGGGUGGCUCCGUCUUGUUAAAUAAAUUAGAGAAUUGGGUUGAGCAGUAUAGGAAGGACACGCAGCUCUGGGGUACUGGGACUGGUACUAUCUUCAGUGUUUAUCAAGAUUCUGGGGGUAAGGUUGAAAGGGUUGUUGUGCAUGAGGACGAAAUUAUCAAAAGAAGUAAAGUUCUGGCACCAUUGUUGAGGGCUGCCCCAGUGUUUGAGGAUCUCAGUGAAGUUAAUGAAAAGUUAUCUGUAGCCAAAUCGUUAGCUAGAGAAAUGGAAUCUGGGAAUAAUGUAAUAUCCACAAAUAGUACAGUUACAAAGUUUUAUACUUCUUCUGAGGGGAAGUUAGGCAAUGUCCUGAAGACUGGGAUGAGUGGGUUUAGUCUAAAUCUGAGCUCCUAUAAAAUGCUACCUAAUUUUGGGCUUGUAAUAUUGUGUGGUCUUGUAACAAUGUGGGCUAUGAAGAUGGCCUUUUUUAGAUCUUUAAACAAUGAACAGGCAUACACUGCAUUAGAGAAAGAAAUGCUUAGGAGAAAGAGAGAAGCUAGAGUGAUGAAAGAGAGAGAGGUGAUUGGCAGUGUGGAAGUUGUUCAGGAAUCCACAAAGGAUAACACCAUCUUGCCUAUUGAGAGGCCUAAGUUAGAUAAAGAAAAACUUAUGAGUAGUAUAACAAAUACAAUGGAGUUACAUGAUAAACCUGCAUUGCCAGAAAAUUCUAGCAGUCUGCACAUUGGAGAUAUAGAAUUUGAGUACAAGGUUCAUGAAAUCAGAGAAAUGGCUAGGUGUGCAAGAGAUUCGGAAGGCAAAAGCUCUUUGACAAAUAAAGAAGAAGAAGAAGAAGAAGAUUCUGAUAGCUUUGAUGCAUUGUCCAUUGAAAAUGAUGGUAGCAUCUUGAGUCGUGUAACUGAUAAUAGUGCAAUGAGUCCUACAGGAAGUGAAAGUGAUUUGAUGCAUGAUGAGAGCUUGUUGAAUGAUGUCAGUUGUUUAGCUGAACAAUCUAACAGUACAGCUGACCUGUCAAGCAAAUCACAUAAAAGCCAUAUGAAAACAAAAUCAAGGAUCAUAACGUCAGUAAAGGAAGCUAGAGAAUACCUCUCUAUGAAAUAUGAUAAAUGUAAAGAAAUAGAUGAGAGAAUUACAACAUCUGUCGAAGAAGUUGACACUGAAUUUUCUAGCAAUCUAAUGAAAAAGAAAGCUAUUGGCUCUGUGAACCAGAAAUCUGAUGAGUUCUUGGAAAUUUCUAAUUUUAGAAGAGAGAAACCCAUAACCCCUCAAGAAACCAUAUCAUCCAGUUUUGAACAGGUUAAUACCCUAGCUACCAAUUUAGUAGAAAUGAAAGCUAUUGGGCAUGUGAACCAGAAACCUGAAAACUCAUUUGAGUUCCUGGAAGAUUCAGAUUGUGAAAGGGAGAAUUAUUUCCCAAUUGAUGAUGAAUCUGUAGCUGCAUGUGGGAGCUUGGAAAUUGAGAAUAGCUCAAAGCAGGAAGAUGGUGAGAGCUUACUUGUAUCACCUUCCAUUUCACUUGAAGCAUCGACUACUUGUCAAGAUUCGAGUUUCACUAAUGAGCCUUCUGUUCUGGCAUUAGAAAUUAUAAAGGAUAUUAAAGAAAGUGUAGCAACAAGUUCGGGUAUACCUGAAACUCCCUCUGGUCAUAACAGAACCCAAGAAGAGACACCUCUGGUAAAUAAGGAUAAUUGGUUGGAAAAGAAUUUCCAUGUACUUGAGCCCGUUAUUAAGAAGAUGAAGACGGGAUUUAGGGACAACUACUUGGUCGCGAAGGACAAAUCAUAUCCAGAGACGAAACCAUUUAACCUUGAGACCAGUAAAUAUGGUGGAGAGCUUGAAUGGAUGGAAGAUGAAAGGCUCAAAGGAAUUGUCUUUAAAGUUCGAGAUAACGAGCUGGCUGGAAGAGAUCCAUUUUUCCUCAUGAGCAACGAAGACAGACUGACAUUCUUUGAUGGCCUUGAGAAGAAAGUCGAACAAGAGAACAAGCAGAUUUUGAAUUUGCAUGAAUGGCUGCAUGCAAACAUUGAGAACCUUGAUUAUGGAACAGAUGGCAUCAGUUUGUAUGAUUCACCACAGAAAAUUAUGCCUAGGUGGAAAGGUUAUCCCGUGGAUAAAAUCCAGGAUUUAGUCAAUAGCUCUGGUGAACAUAGAAAGACAGCUGAGGGAAGUAAAAAAGAUUCUAAUCUCAUGAAACCAAUACACUCUUCAUCUAGUAAUAAAGUUGGUUCUACACUAUCAAAGAAACCCGCAAAAGCUCCCAAAACCAUUAUAGAAGGAAGUGAUGGUUCGACUAGAGCUGGAAAAAAAUAUGGAAAAGAGUUUUGGGAGUACACAAAGAAGUGGUCACGGGAGUUCCUUGAGUCAUACAAUGCAGAGACAGACCCAGAGACCAAAAGUGUGAUGAAGGAUAUAGGGAAAGACUUGGACAGGUGGAUUACGGAGAAAGAGAUACAAGAAGCUGGUGAAGUAAUAGAUAGAUUGCCUGAGAGGGGGAAGAAGUUCAUCGGAGGGAAACUAGACAAGGUCAGAAGAGAAAUGAAACUGUUUGGUCCACAAGCUGUAGUGAGCAAAUAUCGUGAGUAUGGUGAUGAAAAGGAAGAGGAUUACUUGUGGUGGCUAGAUUUGCCUCAUAUACUGUGCAUUGAGAUGUACAUCAAGCAAGAGGGGGAGAUGAAAGUGGGGCUCUAUUCAUUAGAAAUGGCCUCUGAUCUAGAAUUGGAUCCUCCACCAAAUCACGUGAUUGCUUUCGAGGAUGCUGGUGACUGUAAAAACCUUUGCUACAUCAUACAAGCCCACUUGGAAUCACUUGGCAAUGGAACUGCCUUUGUUGUGGCACAACAACCCAAGGAUGCAUUUAGAGAAGCCAAAGCAAGUGGCUUUGGAGUGACUGUAAUUAGGAAAGGAGAUUUGCAGCUCAAUGUGGACCAGCGGCUAGAAGAGGUGGAAGAGGAUAUCAGUGAAAUAGGUAGCAGGAUAUACCAUGAUAAACUCAUGCGAGAACGGGGUGUUGAUAUAGAAUCCCUUAUGAAGGGCGUGUUUGGUACCCAUGGAAAGCUGUCUGCUGACACUAAUAAGGCAUUCAAGGGGGAACUUAGGAAACUGCUCGAAACUAGAAGAAAAUCUAGAUGAUGAAGCAGCAGCAGCAGAACUGUAUAUCUUGGAUAUUUAAUGGGAUCCCUGUUUUUUAUACGUAGUAUAAAAUCAAGUAUUCAAGUCCUUUAAAUGGUACUCCGUAUUUCUUAAUCAUAUAGGUCUAAGGUUUAGAAAAUGGAAUCAGGAUAUCAAAUCGUAAAUGGUGGGAUCUUACUAAAGUAUAUUAAUGAAUGAAUAUCGUAAAAUAGAAAAAUGAAAGGAAAAAAGAAAAGCAAUACUUAUACAACUUAAAAUUACCACCUCUCUUCUGUAAAAAAUAUAUAUUAACACCUCCCUCGGUUAAUAAUAUGUCUCUUUUCUUCAGAAAUCUUGUUUCUGUUUUUAUUAUCUUGUAGUUUUGUGAAAUUGAGGGAAUACCAAGUAAACUCAUAUUUUAUACACUGCAUUCAUGCUAUUAAUUAAUAACACAAACAAUUUAGAGUAUAUAGCAUACUCUAAAA